AUGACAAGUCCACUUACUGGCAGCCGGGCCCCCCACCCCACUCUGGACACAGUUGGUCUGGUGGACCGGAAUCUGGGGAAUGCAGGGGCCUCCACAUCUGCCCUGGCCCUGGAGGACGGGGGCACAGACUCCUGGGCCCUCCCGCAGCCAAAGAACACUGGCCAGUCCUGGAGAGAGCUCAGUGUGGCCAGUAGGGUGCGCCGGGUGGUCGUCAGCUUCCUCAAGACCUGCGGCAUCCUGGGCAACCUCUACCUCUUCAUCUGCUCCUUGGACAUCCUCAGCUCCGCCUUCCAGCUGCUGGGCAGCAAAGUGGCGGGAGACAUCUUCAAGGACAACGUGGUACUGGCCAACCCCGUGGCCGGCCUGGUCAUCGGCGUGCUGGUCACGGUCCUCGUGCAGAGCUCUAGCACCUCCUCUUCCAUUGUGGUCAGCAUGGUGGCCUCCAAGUUGCUGACCGUCCAGGCAUCAGUGCCCAUCAUCAUGGGUGUUAACGUGGGCACGUCCAUCACCAGCACCCUGGUCUCCAUGAUGCAGUCCGGCGACCGGGAUGAGUUCCGAAGGGCCUUUGGUGGCUCCGCCGUGCAUAGCAUCUUCAACUGGCUCACGGUGCUGGUCCUGCUGCCGCUGGAGAGCGCGGCGGCCAUGCUGCAGAGGCUCAGCGAGCUGGCCCUGGGCGCCACCAGCCUGCAGCCCGGGACGCGCGCGCCUGAUAUUCUCAAGGUGCUGACACAGCCACUCACCCACCUCAUCAUUCAGCUGGACCCUCACCUGGUCACGGGCAGUGCCAUGGGCAACACCACCAACAGCAGUCUCAUUAAGCGAUGGUGCGGCACCAGGACACUGAUGGCCACGGGGAACAACAGCGCCUGUGGAAUGGCCCAGUGCCUUGAGAGGAAUGGCACAGCCCCCGAGGAAAAGCUGCCCUGCCACCACCUAUUUGUGGGCACGGCCCUCACGGACCUGGCUGUGGGCCUCAUCCUGUUGGCUGCUUCCCUGCUCGUGCUCUGCGUCUGCCUGGGCCUCAUCGUGAAGCUGCUCAACUCGGUGCUACGAGGCCGCAUUGCCCAGGCCGUGAGGACCAUGAUCAAUGCCGACUUCCCCUUCCCGUUCGGCUGGCUCAGUGGCUACCUGGCCAUCCUGGUGGCCGCUGGCCUGACCUUCGUGGCCCAGAGCAGCAGUGUGUUCACAGCCGCCAUCGUGCCGCUGAUGGGGGUUGGGGUGAUCAGUUUGGAACGGGCCUACCCUCUCUUCCUGGGCUCCAACGUUGGCACCACCACAACGGCCCUGCUGGCUGCCCUGGCCAGCCCGUCCGACAUGCUGCUCAGCGCCCUCCAGGUGGCCCUCAUCCACUUCUUCUUCAACGUGGCUGGCAUCCUGCUGUGGUACGUGGUGCCCGCCCUGCGGCUGCCCAUCCCAAUAGCCAAGCGCUUCGGGGACGUGACCGCCCGCUACCGCUGGGUGGCCGUUGCCUACCUGCUGCUCAGCUUCUUGCUGCUGCCCCUGGCGGCCUUUGGGCUCUCGCUGGCGGGCAGCACCGUGCUGGCCGCGGUCGGGGGGCCCCUGGUGGGGCUGCUGCUCCUGGCUUUCCUUGUCAAUGUUCUGCAGCGACGCCGGCCGGCCUGGCUGCCCCACCCCCUGCGGACAUGGGCCUGGCUGCCCUCCUGGCUACACUCCCUGGAGCCCUGGGACCGCCUGGUCACCCGAUGCUGUCCUUGCCGGUCCUGCAGCACCCCUCAAGCUGUCACCAAGGAGGCUCACUGCUACGAGAACCCAGAGGUCUUGGCCUCCCAGUAUCUGUGA